GCAGUCUCGUACACGUCCACCUCCGGGUACCUGUACCACCGCAUCACACAACACACAAACCGCAAACAUGUCAAGUCGCUCCGCCGAGAAGGACCGCACCGACUCCGCCGAGGAAUACGGCUCCGACUCUGCCGCCGAAGAAGUGCCCCGUCCCCAGCCUCGCCGGAGACAGCGGACGCAGACGCAGCAGCGACAGCAGCAGCGCGGCGGCCAGACCAGCGCCGGGCCGCUGGACCAGCUGCCCGUGGGCGGCGAGCUGGGCCAGGUCGGGCAGACGGCCAACGGGGUGCUGGGCGGCGUGACGAACACGCUCGGCAGCGUCACGAACAAUGCCGUGGAUAACCAGGCGAAGGGCGAUGGUGGGAAGAGCGACACGCUGAGGUUGCGGCUGGAUCUGAACUUGGAUAUUGAGAUUCAGCUCAAGGCCAAGAUUCAUGGUGAUUUGGAGCUGGCGUUGCUGACUGGCUAGUUAUGGGGGCGAAAACAAAGAACAAAAGAAUCACCAUCCGUAUCUUCCGCACACAAGAUACAAUAGAAAAACCAAGUUACGAACACGGCUAACGGCGU